AUGGGUGAUUACUCGCAGCUCACCAACCACAACAUCCGCAGCUUUCUCUGGCGAGGAGUUUCCGUCUCGGUCACAGAUCGUCAAACUCACGAAGACAAGCCUAUCCUCAACAAUGUCAGCGGUAUAGUCUAUGCUGGAGAAUUGAUGGCCGUCAUGGGUCCUUCCGGUUCUGGAAAGUCUACUCUUCUCAACGUGCUUGCGAACCGCGUUCCUGCUAAGAGCGCCCGCACCCAAUCAGAUGUCUUUCUCAACGGCCGCCCAGCUGAGGCUGAGACUCUGCGCAAGAUCAGUUGCUACGUCGAACAAGAAGACGCCCUCGUCGGCUCACUAACCGUCAGAGAGACUUUGCUGUUUGCUGCGCGUCUCUCCUUGCCCAAGAGCAUCAGCGCAAACGAGCGUAUCGCCAGAGUCGAGGCUCUCAUCAACUCCUUCGGUCUUACUGGCCAAGCUAACACACUCGUUGGCACUCCUAUCAGAAAGGGCAUCUCUGGUGGUCAGAAGCGCCGUGUCAGCGUCGCCAACCAGCUCAUCACCAGCCCCAAGAUCUUGUUCCUCGAUGAACCUACUUCUGGUCUGGACUCGGCUGCUGCCUUCGAGGUCAUCGCUUUCGUCAAGGAAGUCGCCAAGAAACACAACUUGAUGGUCAUCUCAAGCAUCCAUCAGCCUUCCACCUCGACAUUUGCAAUGUUCGACAAGCUUCUCCUCCUCUCGCACGGCAACACAGCAUACAGCGGACCAGUCAAGGAAGUCCAAUCGUUCUUCGAUGCCUGCGGCUUCCCCAUCCCUCUCUACAUGAACCCCGCCGAGUUCAUCAUCGACUUUGUCAAUACCGAUUUUGCUCAUAACAGGAGCGAACUCGUCAGUCAAUUCGAGAUGGUCACCGGCACAUGGCAGCGCUCCGGCCUCCACGCAGAGAAGAUGAACACCAUCAACCGCGAGAUCCAGCACGGCGACCCUUCUCCCCAGGAGACCAACGACAACGAGCAGAUCGGCGCUCACUGGUUUGCCAUCGUGAUUGCGCUCAUUCAUCGCAACUUCAUCAAGUCUUACCGUGACAUCAUCGCCUAUGGUAUCCGUAUCGCCAUGUACAUGGGUCUGGCCGUGAUGAUGGGCACCGUCUGGCUGCGUCUGGGAGCAUCGCAGGACAAUCUCCAAGCUUUUACUAAUGCUAUCUUCUUUGGCGGUGCCUUCAUGUCUUUCAUGGCUGUCGCUUACAUCCCUGCUUACCUCGAGGACCGCGCAAUUUUCAUGAAGGAGCGUGCCAAUGGUCUCUACGGACCCACGUCUUUCCUUGUUAGCAACUUCUUGACUGGACUUCCGUAUCUCUUCAUCAUCACUCUGCUCUUCAGCGUCGUCGUGUACUGGCUUAGUAACUUCCGCGGCACGGCUGGAGGCUUCUGGAUGUGGGUUAUGUGGCUCUUCCUCGACUUGGUCGCUGCCGAGUCCCUUGUCGUCUUCAUCACCAGCGUUGUUCCUAUCUUUGUCGUUGCUCUGGCUGCUACUGCCUUUGCCAAUGGCCUCUGGAUGUGCACCAUGGGUUUCAUGGUUCGCCCUGCCGACUUGAACCCCUUCUGGCGCUACGUCUUCCACUACAUCGACUACCAGAGCUAUGUCUUUGAGGGCAUGAUGGUCAAUGAGUUUGCGUACAGAAACUACACUUGCCCCUCUGAUGGUAAUGGCGGUUACAACUGUGCUUACAAGUCUCCCAUCAAUGAGCAAGGCUUGAUUCCUGGCACUGCUUUGUUGGAUACCUAUGGCUACAAGUCUGGCAAGACUGGUGAGUAUAUUGGUAUCUUGCUGGCCAUCAUUGCUGUCUAUAGAGCGCUUGGCUGGUUUGUGCUGUACGUCCGCCGCACUUGA